AACCAUAACGGACUGUCAGCUCACAUAAGAAGACUUAUCAGCCAUAUUUUAAUGUCGAUUACAUAUUGAAUGAUUUAUUUCAACUGACUGCUGAAUAUCGGGGUUUUUUCUCUCAUGUGAAGGGUGAAGGAGUAUUUUUGUGUGUGCGUUUUGGACGUGAAAGGUACGCACUGUCAACCAAGACAACACUUUAAAAAAGAAGAGGAAAUGGAUCGCCUCUCGUCGGACCGAAACAUCCUCUGUCUGUUUGACGUGGAUGGGACUCUAACACAGCCGAGAGAGAAAAUUGACCCACAGCUGGAUGAGUUCUUCCAGACUCUGCGGAGGAAAGUGAAGAUCGGCAUCGUCGGAGGGUCGGACUACUCCAAGAUAGCAGAGCAGCUUGGGGAGGGAGAUGAUGUGAUAGACAAGUUUGACUACGUGUUUGCUGAGAACGGGACUGUGCAGUACAAAGAUGGGAAGCUGCUCUCAAAACAUGCCAUUCAGAACCAGAUUGGUGAGGAGCUGCUGCAGGACCUGAUCAACUUCUGCCUCAGCUACAUGGGGCUCAUCAAGCUGCCAAAGAAAAGGGGAACAUUCAUUGAGUUCAGGAAUGGUAUGAUCAACAUUUCUCCCAUCGGUCGGAGCUGCACACUGGAGGAGCGAAUCGAAUUCUCUGAAAUCGACAAGAGAGAGAAGAUCAGGGAGAAGUUUGUUGCUGCCCUAAAAGAGGAGUUUGCUGGGAAAGGACUGCGGUUCACUAGAGGUGGUCUCAUCAGCUUUGACAUCUUCCCGGAGGGCUGGGACAAGAGACUGUGUCUAGAGCUGCUGGACAGUGAAGGCCUGGACGCCAUCUACUUCUUUGGCAAUGAGACGUCAGAUGGAGGAAACGACUAUGAAAUCUUCAACGACCCGCGGACAAUCGGCUUCACAGUGUACUCCCCCGAGGACACGGCCCGGCUCUGUCGGGAGCUUUUCUUUGACGCUCCACCACACGAAUCCUGAUGUCUUACACUCCCCGCACCCCUACCCCGCCCUUAAUCCCUUUCUUUACCCACAAAACCCCUCUGAACUCUGGCCUGUUGGUCCCUGAUGGUAAGAUAACCAGAACAUGGAGCCCAGGCUGUUUUAUGAACUGCUGAAAGAUACCACUACUGAUUUUUUCCAUGUUAUUAAUAUCAUUAUUGAGUGUUUUAAUUACAUUUUUACCACACAUCCCUCGGAAAUGUUACACGUUGAUGUACGUUCAAGUGUUUUUACUGCAGCUGAGGUUUUAGUACUGUACCAGAAGAUGUGUUUGACUGCAGUGUCACGCCACGGCAGUGUGUAGCAUGUAACGUGAAAGUAACCAAAAAGCUCAGAGAUUAUAAAGCAUUUUGGUAGUAUUUAAAGUUAAUACUCCACAUAAUGUAUAGAAUAACGUACCUGCUUCUGUUUUGCACUAAUGUUGGCAUCAUUUUAUACCAAUAGUUGGUAUAUUCUUGUUGGACACUGCUGAAGGAAGUGAUAAGAGAGAUAGAGAGAGAGAGAUAGAGAGAGAGAGAGAGAGAGAGAGAGAGAGAGAGAGAGAGAGAGAGAGAGAGAGAGAGAGAGAGAAGAACAGGUGAGGAAGCCUAUUGUUUAUUGUUUUGUGAGAUUUUUGAAAAUGAGAUAUAAAUGAAGCAUUAAAGAAGAAGUGGAAGAAGAUGCAUCUUCAUAUGAAUCAUUCCAGAUAUUUAAUGUCAUUACAGCGCUCUGAAGUGGAUGGGAUUCAUUGAUGGUUUACUGUGUGAUCCCCUGAAUGUCAAAUGUCUGUUUUAAACUCACAAAGGUUCUGUAAAUAAAAGGAAGAAUAUAGUUUAUUUUGCUUGUUUUGCAGCUCUGGAAAAAACAUGAACAUUGCAUUGAAUUGUCAGGAUUUAUUCAAUUUAUAUUAAAAACAGAACUGACUCAAUUAAUUCAUCUUGACCAGUGAAUUAAGCUACUGUGACCAAGUCACUCUACAAACUUUAACCAGUCGAUAUGCAACUUUGUAUGUAAAAUAUUUUUAUAAGUCGAAUGCAUUCUGAAUAAUGGAUGAACAUAUGUGUUGAUGCUUAUUGAUUUAUUCCUUUCUGCUCAUUCAUGCUGUUGUCAAAAGCUGCUUAAAGGGUUUAUUUUAACAACUUGUGUUAAAACUGCUACUUUUCAUUUUCCCAUAACAAGUUAAUGUUUUAUACUAUUGUCAUGAUUCAGAAAAAUAAUGACUCCUUUAGAUAUUAUUAUAAAAAUGAAGCUUUUGAUGAGUCAGAAACAUCAGCUGCACUCCUGUGUUUGACUGUAAACACUAAAUAUCAAAGGCUACGAUGAUCAUGUAGAUAAGACUAUGAUGCACAGAAAAUGAGCCUGUACAGUACAAUGUGUCCCUGA